CCACAAGUUAAAUUCACUAUGAUCUUCGCAGCUAUUGAGCGAUGCCCGGGCUCACACGGCACUGAUUUGUGCGCGGUUGGGGAAGCUAUUUGUUCGUGCCAAAGGAUGAGAAGACUCGGAGCUAUGCACUGCACAUCCUCGGUGAGAUUACCUCAGUUUCGCCCUGUGCUCGCCUUGGGCUGUUUCUUUCUCGUCACAGCGAAGUAACCUGUACUGUAGCUGCGCAUUGAGUCCAGAGACGCAUUCAGUCUGCUCUCGUCUUCAUGAAGAUGGACACCUCGCGAUCUCUGAUCGGCGUGCAGAUUACAAGUCAGACACCGCGUAUUUCAAGCUCCUCUGCGACGAGAACGGCUGCCUUCUCUCCGAUCACGACGGCAGUCGAGUAUGUAUUCUAUACAUCAGGUUAAUUAAGGCCACGAAUACAACGAGUCCACUACACU